CUUUUCUUGUCCCGCCAUUGUUGCUGUCCCCAAGAGAAAGAAAGGGACGAGGGGACAGGAUGAUGCUGGCGUUGGCGACUACAACUACGAUGGCACUAGCAAUCAACGAGGCCCUUCCCGCCACAGACUGAGUUGGAGCGACCACGGCGCUUUUCGGCAUUCGCAUUCAAUUACGAGGCAGGCACGGGACGUCUAGCCAGGAUGAAAGAAUGUGUUCUCAUCAUAUUCUCGCAGACAGAUCGAGAACCCACGAAUCCCAACAAAUGAUCAAUAAUGCUGCUACUUUCCCGUCACGCCCGUUCAUUAUCGAUUGUGCCUCAAUGUUUCAUCGGAGAAACUUUGUUUUCGCCCUCUCCUGUCGAUCAAUCCUCGACGCAUGGAUUAUCGGGAACCUUUUCCGUGAACAAAACGGAAUAACGUGCCAUGCCUCGCUUCCAAGCAUCGGGAGGUCACAUAUCAUAACAUUACCAUGGCACUUCCAUCCUCAAGUGCCACAUCUGUCGUAUGCUUGACAUUGACAGACGGUUAUCAAGGCUCAUAGGAUCCAGGGCAAGGAUUGGCUAGAAUUCCAAGAACCGACGGCAGUCAAUUCCAUCUACUCCCUGCCCCGCUACGCUUCCAAAGUUCCACGCCUCUCGAAAUUGGCUCUGCAGCCUCGGUGCCUCUCCAACAACCCGCCGGCCAUAGUUGCAACUGCAGGAUCAUCGACAGCACAGAAACGCUUGUCCCCAGCGGAGCUUGCAUAACCAAGCAUAUUAUGACCUCACGCCUACAGACACCGCCUUUUCCUGCGAUUCCUCCAAAGCCCCUCUAAUCAGCCAAUCCUUCUCAAGGUUUCAAGCCUUUAUCGAAGUUGAAGAAGAAAUGCGCAAUACCGACUUGCCAUUGCUGACCGGGUCGUCACCAAAGCCUGCAAUGCCCUUGACUCCAGCCUGAUAUGGUGUGUUUUUCUACUGCAAGACGGCGCCUUCCCUUACGGAGCAGUCGUGGCGGAGACCAUCCAAGCCAUCAUGUCACGAGCAAGGUGUGAGAACCUAGACAAAGCUCCCAGUGAACAAGCACCUCGUAGAGUUUCAGAGGAUUCGCACGCAAUAUGCAGUUGACUCAUCACCUGCGAUCAUGAGACACUGAUCCGAGGUAGAGAACCAUUAUCAUGGCAAAAGGAAGCUCAGUCAAGGUCAAGCCAGAAUAAUCGCCCACAACAAGCCUAGAUACUUACUAUCUGGGUAACUGUUAUGGUGCAUGUCAACUUUGAUGCACCGUCCUUGCGACCAUUCAGAUGGACCCAAUCAUACGUCAGUCUGGUAGGCUCACAAAAGCCGGCAUGAUGGUUCGACACCAGCCCCAACCAACCUCAUCAGAAUUGCCCUAAAAUGAUGACUCCAGACUCCAGAGACUACUGCUGGUCCCACCUCCCACGAGGCUUAUCGGAUUAGAUAACUGAAUUCGUUUAGGCAUGGAUUGGUCGACUCAAACUUGACACAUGUCAACUCGCCAUUAUCCAACGUGCAAGGUGUUUUAUCUCUAUCUCGUCGACUUAUCAACAGAAUCCUCUGCUGGAGUCGGACAAGUGGGGGAUCGCCUCCAACAAAGCGUGGGGAGAUCAAGAAGUCUUCGUGCUGACGCCGUAGAAUGACCACUCAUCGGUCACCACCACAUGCUAGACUCCCUCCCGCCUCCACAAGCAUGAAAAGUUAUCACUCUUCCCAAUGAUAUAGAGUAUGCCCAUUUGUGCUGCCAGCACACAGUCCAUUGGAACUCUCCGCCUUGCACGUACUCUAAUGCUUGAUUCAGCCCUU